AUGACCGAAGCUGCAGUACCGCCAAUUCCCGCUGCCGCGGCCAAGAAGAAGUUUGCGACCCCUCCUGUUAAGAUUGCUUGCCUCUCCUGCCGAGCUUCACGAACACGAUGCGAUGGAGCAAGCCCUUGUGCCAGUUGUAAGAGCCGGGGGCGCGACUGCGUCUACAAACCGAGCAGAAGAGGAGGCGCUCGUGUGAGGCGGAAACCGCGGCCGGUUGAUGAACUGGCUCAGCAGAACCCGGGCUUCAAUGGCGACAUGCCCGUCGAUGAAGCCACUCCUCAAGACCCCAUAUCCCUCCAGAACUACAUCGACCCUGGAGCAGGCCUGAAGCAGCUUCAAGACUUUUUCCAGGACAGCGAUUACAUCUUUGACACCUUGUUCAUGUCUGGCGUCCCGGGAAGCACCAGCGGCGAAAGCGCAUCGGAAGCCUCUUUCAACUUUCCCACUCCCCCGGUUCCUGUCGCUAGGACAUACAAGAGCGACCAAGCCAUUCUGGAUGCCUACUACAUCUUCAUUCAUCCAUUCUUCCCGAUUCUCCCUCUGCCCAGCGGUCUGCCCAUCGACCAGGCUGUGCCGCAUUUCCAGAAUGACACGGAGACAUUCCAGGACGAGUACCAGCCCUCAACCCCGGUCAGCUUGGCUAUAUCCGCCAUCUUGGCUCUGAUUCCAUGCGCCAACGACACCAACCACUUAAGCAAGGAGUCGGUCGUUUUCAGACGUCGAUACGCCCAGUACCUGGCACAAUGCGCAGUCGAGAGCAUCGAAAUCGAGUCCGAAAUCCCCGACUCAUCCAUCGAGCCACCAAAGGCCCUGAACGAAUCGCCAGAUGAUUUUCCCCGGCAGCAAUUCCACCCUGGCGUGCCAUUGGAGCUGGAAAGCGUCAUCGCGCUGGACAUCCUGAGCGUCUACGAGUAUGCGCAGAGAGGCAACUUGAAGAAGAUGCAAGCGAGGGCGGGCCAGGCACUGGUAUCCGCCAUGUCCCUAGGAAUCCACGCCUGCACCGAGGACGACAUUUUCGCCGAGGCUCGACGAAGAGUCUGGUGGAUGACGUAUGUCUGUGAGCCGACCUUUUCAGUGUUUACGCCGAGCUACACGACCAAGUACCCGACCAUCCAAUCAGACCCUGAGGCCUUUGCCGUGUAUAUUCAGGCCCAGCAGGCUAUCCUGUCGGCAACACAGUUCGUGAUUGAAUUGAAUAAGACGGUCAAGAGUGGUGGCGACAUGACGCGCAUCUACGCGAGGAUGAAGGAGAUGGAGCAAUACUUGGAGCCCCUCAACACGGCUGCAGAUUCCGCGCGGAUCAAGAUCCACCGUUACUGUGCCUUCUUUGACAUGCCCGUGUUUUCAGGAAAGCACUGCGACUUGAAGUCCAAGGCCGACAAUGACAACGGUAUCGAGCCCAAGUCGUGGCCUUCGUGCUCCUGUAGCACGAUGAUGACCCUACCUUCGCCGCCAGUGACCAGCUUAAAUGGAACGGCCUCGCCACCAAACUCGGGAAAGAGAUCUCCUCAGUCGGACCACUCACCCAAUGGGAGCCCGCUGGCGACUUUUCCUUUCAGCAGCCACCAGUCGGCUAAGAUUUGCCUCAAAGCGGCUAUCAACAUUGCCAAUUCGUUCGACGACUUGCCAUACCCGAACCCCUUUGGCCAGCUCUGCCCUGCGCCGUGCUAUCUGUCGCCCACGUCGACUAUUGUGUGCCCUAGGACCAUGCCUUCCUUCGCUUGCUGCGCCAUGCAGUGCGCGUAUGCAUUGCUGAUGGUCAACCACAAAACAAAGGCCAUGUAUCCCGAGAAUGCCCUGACAACCCCGAUGGUGGAGAGCUUGCUUUUGCGCCUGCAGACGGGCUUGGCCUCCAUCUCCGCGACGCUUGAAAACUAUGCUACGGCCUUUGAGGCCCUCGGCGGGAUGCGCGACCAAAUUCGCAGUGUUAUCGAACCCACCAUGAUGUUCGAUCCCACGGUCUAG